AUGCAGCAUUCAACGUUCAAAUUCAAACCACCCCUAGGCCCCACCCUACCCCGCCCCCCGCGCUGUCCCUCAGGAGGUCUUGACACUCCACUCUCGUCCAUCCCAUCAGAUGUCAUUGGUUGCAUCUUUCCCUCCCCUGGUCGCAUCUUUCCCUCCCCUGGUCGCAUCUUUCCCUCCCCUGGUCGCAUCUUUCCCUCCCCUGGUCGCAUCUUUCCCUCCUCUGGUCGCAUCUUUCCCUCCCCUGGUCGCAUCUUUCCCUCCCCUGGUCGCAUCUUUCCCUCCCCUGGUCGCAUCUUUCCCUCCCCUGGUCGCAUCUUUCCCUCCCCUGGUCGCAUCUUUCCCUCCCCUGGUCGCAUCUUUCCCUCCCCUGGUCGCAUCUUUCCCUCCCCUGGUCGCAUCUUUCCCUCCCCUGGUCGCAUCUUUCCCUCCCCUUGUCGCAUCUUUCCCUCCCCUGGUCGCAUCUUUCCCUCCCCUGGUCGCAUCUUUCCCUCCCCUGGUCGCAUCUUUCCCUCCCCUGGUCGCAUCUUUCCCUCCCCCGGUCGCAUCUUUCCCUCCCCUUGUCGCAUCUUUCCCUCCCCUGGUCGCAUCUUUCCCUCCCCUGGUCGCAUCUUUCCCUCCCCUGGUCGCAUCUUUCCCUCCCCUGGUCGCAUCUUUCCCUCCCCUGGUCGCAUCUUUCCCUCCCCUGGUCGCAUCUUUCCCUCCCCUGGUCGCAUCUUUCCCUCCCCCGGUCGCAUCUUUCCCUCCCCUUGUCGCAUCUUUCCCUCCCCUGGUCGCAUCUUUCCCUCCCCUGGUCGCAUCUUUCCCUCCCCUGGUCGCAUCUUUCCCUCCCCUGGUCGCAUCUUUCCCUCCCCUGGUCGCAUCUUUCGCUCCCCUGGUCGCAUCUUUCCCUCCCCUGGUCGCAUCUUUCCCUCCCCUUGUCGCAUCUUUCCCUCCCCUGGUCGCAUCUUUCCCUCCCCUUGUCGCAUCUUUCCCUCCCCUUGUCGUGGCUUUCUCCCGAUGCCGCCUCGCCAAGGGGCAAGGAGAGGUGGUGAUGAGGGAGGGGUGUCUGUGCGCAGCUUUCCUGUGGCGCAAGUGGCCAGGCGUAAGGGGGUUGGGGAGGAGGAGGAGGAGCAGACAACUCUGGACCCUGUGCCCACGCACCUGUUCCCAUCCCGCAACCCCAGCCACUUCCCAGCCGCCCUCACCUCAGUCAGCCACGGAGGUGGGUGGGACGGCACCCGGAUCAUGCGGUGUGGUUUUUUGAGAAUGUUCAGAGAACACUCACCUUGA